AAUCGGCUGCGUCACACCAAAAAAAAAAAAAAAAAAAAAAAAAAACCUCAAACCAACAUAUAGCAGCGCUGGAGCAGUGAAGUCACCACAUCAGGAAAAAUACGCUGCCUCAAAACGCUACUCGGCCGAGCUGUUAGGUGUUUUUUUCGUGCAGGGAAAAUGGUUAAACUGGGGAAUAAUUUCAGCGAGAAAAAUAACGGGAAGGUGGUUUCUGAAGACGGAUUUGACACCAUCCCUCUCAUAACACCAUUAGAUGCCAGUCAGCUGCAGUUUCCUCCACCAGAUAAGGUGGUGGUGAAGACAAAGGCAGACUAUGAUGGUGAGAGCAAGAAGGGAAAACUACGAUCUCCAAAAAUCGCAGAGUUCUCCAUAAGCAUCAUCGAAGGCGUAUCUGAGCGACUCAAAGUGACCUUGCUGGUGAUCUGCGCCCUGGCCUUCCUGGUGUGUGUGGUGUUCCUGGUUGUCUACAAGGUCUACCAGUAUGAGCAGCCUUGCCCUGACAGCUUUGUUUACACGCAAGGUCGCUGCAUGCCGGCUGGAAUGUAUGGCAACUUCCCCCCUCAGGGCCCUGGGGGUCGCGGGCGCCUCUUUACCCUCAUUAACCACUACAACAUAGCCAAGCAGACGAUCACCCGGUCAGUAUCACCAUGGAUGACCAUCAUGUCUGAGGAGAAGGUCACCCAGCAGGAGACAGAGACUGCCCAGAAACUGGCUUAAUCAACCUGGGAUCAGGAGGUGGCCUCACCUGCUGCAGAAAAAAAUAAAUAAUACGGUUGUGCCAUUCAAGCAAACCUCAGAGUCCUGUGGCUUUCUGUGGGUGAAAAAUCGACUUCUCUUGCCUGAGGUGCUCUGCCGCCUUGUUGAUGUAAUUUGGUCAGCUGAUGUGUACACUGUAGCAUGUUUUCAGCAAAGCAAGCCUUACAGUUGGGUGUAUUCACGGUUUGUUUGAAUAGCAUAUGUCAUUAUUUAUUUAAAAACAGAGUGGCGAACAUGUAGAAAAAGCCACAGAAAUACAAACACCGACACACACUCACUGUCUUUGUACAUACACAUAUGUAACAGAACUCACUUUUAGUACUCGCAUUGUGAAAUGUGUGUGAACCAUCUCGCGUCUGCGUCGCCUGUUUAAACGCACAUGCACGCACGACUCUAAAAAGUUUGCUUUGAACCUCCUUUCUUUAAAAAUACAUCAAGCACUGAUAGCGCAUGUCAGACCUCAUGAGGUCCAGCAAGGGGCACGAUUCUCAUGAAGCGACAAUGUUUUCAGCAUAUUUGCCACUGAGGUCGUCGGUGUCAACAUAUUUUACGGUCAAGAUAUUGUGAAUAAAUGGAGGCUUGACCUGAAGGAAACCUUUUAACCAGCGAUAAAAAAACAAACUAUUUUACUCGUGGUGUUUUGACACAGACCAUACUGCUCUCUGCAUAUACAGUGCUGUUAAGGAGAUUUUUAGUAUUUGAUGCAUCAGAUCUUUUUAACCAGCAUAAACGAUUGUCUCCAUCCCUUUGAACUCUUUGUGAACACCAUGUGCUUUUCUUUGCUGGCUACACAAUACUUACUUAAUGGUUAAUUUUCAUAGCAUACGUUUUAUGCUACUGUAUUGAAUGUUUUUUGCAUUGCUAGUGAAGACACUGUAUUGUGCAAUGCAUUGAUUAAUGUCACCACUGAUGGCACAUAUUAGACUUAAGUUGAUGUAGUGGAACAACCUGACAGUAGUCGCUUGUCCUGUUGCUUUUUUUCUGUAUUUGUCAUUUAAAUUAAAACUGUCCCAAAUGAUGUACCUUUUUCAAACAAUGUAAUGAUUACCAUUGAAGUGCAUUUGCUACAUAAAAAUGUUAAAUGAAAAACUGAAAUAAAGUGCCCACAUUUCA